UGACGAAGUACCGUUGGGUCUCGCGAGAUUUUGUGUUUGAGUCAAAGAGGAGGGAAUCUAUGCACACUGCAGCAGCUAACAGGCUAGCAGUGCUAAGAUAACUUAUCAACCCCUCAGAAGCCGCCACAAACAAGCCGACACUGCGGCCACUCGAGCAAGAGCCUGAAAAUGGAUUCUGAAGAGAACACAACAGUGUUUUCCACCUUAAAGUCCUUCAACUCCUUCAUCGGCUGCUCUGCGACUUCAUCAUCGACCAGCGGCAGCACUUUGCAGAGCCAGUACAAGCGCAACAUGGAUUGGUUAGAAGCAGCGGAGAAAGUCCAGUCCCACAGCCGCUACCUGCAACUAGACCAGGAGAAGAAACAGAUGGAGCUGAGCCACAAGCGCGUUCGGGUCGAGUUGGAGAAGAGCGCCAAUGACUCGGCAUGCAACCUGAAGCUGUUGGAGGAAAAGAACAGCAACAUGUCAACGCGUACCAAGAAGUUGGAGGAGCGGGAGAAGGAGGCCCUCAGGAACCUCUCAGAGCAAGUGGAGGCCAACCGAGAGCUCAGCAAGAACCUGGAAAGCCUCGGCAAGAAAGUGGAGGAGCGAGAUGCCCGACUCAGCGCCUCCAACCUGACCAUCAUCUGUUUGAAGGAUGAGAUCAGAGACCUGAAACAGAAGCUUCAGAACCAGGACUCCAUCCUUUCUAACAAGAAGUUAGAAAAGCAGGAAGUACAGGAGCAGCUGGAUUUACAACGCAGGAAAUACCAGGAAAUGUCUCAGCUGUGUCAAAGUCUCCAAGCGGCCCAGUCCACCUGCUCAGAGCACGUCAUGAAGAUCAAGGAGCUGGAGAGACGCCUGGCCCUCCAGGAGCAGGACGCCGCCAUAGUUAGGACCAUCAAGUCCGAGGCCACCAGGGUCCCAGAUCUGGAAAAGGAGGUCAUGCGGCUGAGAGGGGAGAACCUUUUUCUCAGGGACAACCGAGAGAACUGCAGCUUGUUGAAGGAGGAAGUGGAGGGCCUGAAGAGGAAGCUGGAGCGCACGGCCAAGGCCAAAGAAGAUCUGGUCAACAUGGAACUGGAGAAGGAGAGGUUGACAGAAAAGAUCAGAGCGUGGGAAAACCUUGGUCAGUCUACCGGACUCAACAUCAGGAAACCAGAAGAUCUGUCCCGGGAGGUGAUUCAGAUCCAGCAGAGAGAAAUUGCACUGCAAGAGGAGAACUACACACUCAACAGCCGCCUAAGGAACAUGGAGCGCUCGCUGUCUGAGCUCCAGGCACAGAUGUCCCAGCAGCACGGCAAGACUCUGGAGGAACAGAAGAAGAGGGAGGGUCAGUCUGUGCUGCUGGACCGCUUGCAGAGAAGAUUCCUGCUGCUCACCAAGGAGCGUGACGGCAUGCGAGCCAUUCUGGAGUCCUACGACAGCGAGCUGGCCCCUGCUGAACACUCGCCGCAACUCAGUAGGCGUCUGAAAGAAGCGGAGGAGAUGCUGCUCAAGACGCAGACCCUCAACACCGAGAUGGAGGCGCAACUGACCAAAGUGCAGGACGAGACAGGGACGCUCAAAAUGCAGCUGCAGACGCUGGAGUUUGAGCUGGAGUCUCUGAGGAAGCAGCAGGCUGUCCCUGAUGUCGUCUGCUCGGUCGGCAAAGAGGAGGUCAACAUGCUAAGGCAGAAAAUCGAAGACCUGGAGGCCGAGCGGCAGCGCUUGGAAAGGGAGAAAGAAAUCCUGGAGAUGAGACUGGAGAGACACAACUUGCAGGGCGACUAUGACCCGGUCAAGACCCAAGUCCUCCACCUGAGGAUGAACCCCACCUCCGUGGCCAAGCAGGAGCGGCAGCAGGAGAUCGAGUCUCUUCGCCAGGAGGCGGAGCAUCUGAGGGACGUGGUGCGGAAGCUGCAGGAAGGAGGCCACUCGCAGCUGGACGCCAUCUUGCACUCGGCCGAGCUGAGUUUGCCUCCGCCCAAGGAGGUGCUGGAAUUGCAAAAGCAGAUCGAAAGUUCCGAGCUGAGGAACCAGCGGCUGAAGGAAGUGUUCCAGAAGAAGAUCCAGGAGUUUCGCACCGUCUGCUACAUCCUGACCGGCUACCAGAUGGACUUCCCCAUCGAGAACCAGUACCGACUGACCUCGGUCUACGCCGAGCACAUGGAGGACUGGUUGGUCUUCCAAAAGGGCUGCAAUGGAAACAUGCAGCUGAUGGAGACGGCCUUCACCAAAACCCUGGAUGAGUUGGUGAAUCUUCACCUCCACCAUCAGAACAGCAUCCCCGUGUUCAUCUCGGCCGUGACCCUCGAACUCUACAGCCGGCAAACCACCGUCUGACGUGGUAACCCUUUUUUACAUUUUUUAUUUUUUUCCCUUUCCUAUAGAUGUCGCUAAUAUUCACAAGACAAGAUGGUGUCUUCAUCCAAAGUAAAGACAUUCCGUGACAUUUUUUCUGCAUGUCAGAUGAUUAUUUCAUCAUUUUGUGACAUGUUUAACUUAGUUAGCAGUUUUGUUCUUUAUUUCAACUUCUGUCCAUCGUUAUUUUGAUACUCAUUCAACAUAAAACCGUGAUCCUAAAUCUAUCACACUUUUCUCUUUGUGGUCUUUU